CAAAUCUGUUAACCUUAUUGUACAAUGUUAUAAUAAAUUAUCCAUGAACCAAUAAUGCCAUAUUUAAAUUGGCCUGUGAGGGAGAAAUUAUUGAAAUAUGGACUGGUAAUACGAGAGGAUGAUUGCUCAUAUGUUUGGCAAAUUCCUGCGUCUGAUCGUUGUGAUUGGGUGAAGACUACUCAAGAUUGUAAAACUAAUUAUGGAUUUUCGUACACAGAAGUAUUAUUUUGCAGCUUCACAACUGAAAAAUGGGCUUUAUUCGGUCUUGGAUGCAUUCUUUUGAUUCUUUGGUUGCUCUACCUUUUUCUUGUUCUUGCGAGCACUGCUGAUAAUUUUUUUUGUCCUUCCCUGGGAGUAAUUUCUACAGUGUUUCACCUCUCAGAUAGUAUUGCGGGGGUAACAAUUUUGGCUUUUGGAAAUGGGGCACCCGACAUUUUUACUUCCUUGGCUUCGGAUCUUGAUGAUAGUAUGAUAAUGUUUACAGAAUUAAUAGGAGCUGGAGUUUUUGUGACUGCUCUUAUUGCUGGUUCUGUGGCUGUUUUUUCACCAUUUCGAGUACAUUGGAAGUCCUUCCUAAGAGAUUGCAUUUUUUAUGUCUUAUCCGCGAGUUGGAUAAGUUAUAUCGUGAGUGAUCAGAUUGUUCAUCUGUGGGAAGCAUUAAGUUGCAUAUUUUUGUACAUUAUGUUCAUCCUUGCUGUCGUAUUAAUGCAGAUGUAUGACUCUAGAGAAGAAAAACAAAAAAGUCGAAUCCCAAGGGUGCCAGACCCAGAAGUUCUACACACUUAUUUGUUGAAUCGAGAUGUAAAUAUUCACCCUCGACUUCGAGCUCGUGCAUUUAAUGUCCAUGCCAAGCUUGACGUCGCCAUUGCAAAGGAAAUGGAUAGAAAUAAAUUGGACCAAGAACCCUCGAAACAAGAAACAUCUCCUGAGGGAAAAUCAUCAAGACCCAAAGGUCUUUUUCGAGAGUUUCUCUUCGACGUCUCGCCCAUAAACAUUGAUGAUUGGAGGUCUGGAAACAGGCUUCUCAGGACUCUUCUGGUUAUUCGCUCUCCUUUUAUGUUUCUUUUGCAGCUGCUUGUUCCUGUGGUAAACGAAACAGCAGAAAAAAGGGGUUGGUCGAAAUUACUUAAUUGCUUGCAGUUGUGCGUAACUCCUAUUAUCAUGCUCUUUGUUUUUGAUGUGUGGAGUCUGUCAGUGAAUUCUGUACCUUUAUUUGUAAUAUGCUUCCCAAUUUUUGCUGGGAUUGCUAUAAUUGCAUUUUUAUUUACGUCAGAGGAUGAAAUACCGGCUUUUCAUGAUGCUUUUGCAUUUCUGGGAUUUGUAGCAGCCAUGUUUGUUGUAUAUUUCGUAGCAGGGGAAGUGAUGUUAGUUCUCGAAUGUGUUGGAUAUGUUGGUGGAAUAUCUGAUGCUAUGCUGGGAAUAACUCUUCUUGCAUGGGGUAAUAGUGUUGGUGACCUAAUAUCGAAUGUCACAAUAGCAAAACGGGGAUUCCCUCGGAUGGGAUUCGCAGCCUGCUUCGGAGGUCCAAUGUUCAAUACCCUGUUGGGAUUAGGGUUGACUUUUUCGAUUGGAGCAGCCAAGACCGAAGGAUAUGAAAUUUAUAUACGAAUAAGUGAUAUGGCACCUGGUUGUCUAGCGUUUUUAUUUGGUUCAUUAUUGUCCUCAUUGGUUUAUUUAAGCACCACUGGAUUCCUUGCAAGACGCUCUUAUGGAUUUUUGCUUUAUACAAUUUACAUUUCAUUUAUGAUUAUUUGUUUUCUGAGUGAAAUUCAUUUCAUGCAUCCACUCGGUACUGAUCAUCGCUCUUGA